AUGUCAGUGCAGGGCGGGCAAUACGCGCCGCAGCCACGAACACAGCACAGCACUGCAGAUAGCGCGAAGAAGACUGGCACCGGCCUCUCGAUCCCCUUUAUCACUGCCAUGGCCUCGACAGUAGUAUCUUGGCCAUCUAUCACCAUUGCUCCGACUUCGGCUACAACUCCGACCCCGUCAUCGACCACAAAUGAUAUCUCAUCAUCAUCAUCCGGUGGUCUCUCUCAAGGUGCACUUAUUGGCAUCGUCGUCGCUUCUGUUGUUGUCGGCGUCGCUACCAUUACCACCAUCGUCGUCGUUGUCAUGCGUCGGAGGCGUCGCAAAUCAGGCGGGGAUCGUGGUGACUUCACAAAGCUCAGCAGGGGGCACCGCCGCUUGUCUUCGGGCAACGAGCAGCCAUUACAAGACCGGCAACGGAGUAGAACAGGGGAGAGGGAGGGAGAGAGCCCAAGGUCGAGGUCGAGGUCGAGAUUGGUGUCGAUGAACUCGCCUCCAGCUCGGUAUGCACGGCACAGUACGAGACCAUCCACUUCGCAUGAGCCUCUCCUCGACGGUGAGAGCCAGUGGACCCGCGGCGCAACUCUUGAUCGCGACGCCAGCUUUCACUCCAGAGAUGCUUCAGAUCCAGUGGCGCUCGAAGGUGGAGUAUAUGCGCCCGUUUCAUCGCCCCAUGCGCAGCAGAAGCACGCUAGCCUGCCGCCAGGCGCCGGGACAAACCCGUCACCGCCGAACCUGCCACGUUUGCACCUGGGUGGAGAUGGGUUCGGGGACGGUAGGGAGGAGUACGAUCCGUAUGCGCGGAUCAAGGGUGCGGGCACAGAGCCCACCUCCCAUUCAAGGCGCGGGUCGUCUGGCUCGACGACACCAACACAGCCGUUUGUGUCGCGCACGCUGGCGGCGUCGCCGCUCUCGCGAACACCCCAACUGCAGGCUCCGUCUGAGGUUAACUCAAACUCGAAGGCUCGUCGGGUCUACUCUCCUUAUACACGCCCACCCGUGUCCUACGAAUUCCUCAGCCACCCACCCACUCAAAAUCAAACACACACCCAUGGGCGCAGCCUCUCAGCCACACCGUCCCCUCAAACGCCAUCCUCAAACCAUACCUCCGCUAUCUCCCAGCUCAUCCGCGCCCGUGCAGCGGCCGGCGGCCCCGCACGCGCGCCGUCGAACGCAACGACGCUGCACACGCACUCGCCCUCAGCAUCCACGAACGUCACAGUCGCGAGCGAAGCCGAGUUCGCGCGGCUCCUCGCCGACGCGGAGCGCCGCGCGAUGUGGGACGAGCAGCAAGCGCUGGCGAGGGAGCAGGAGGCGCUCCGGAUGGCUGAUGCGAGUCCAGCGAGUGUGUGGUCCCAGCCGAGCUAUACUAGCCGGGCGGGAUCGUUGGCAGGAACGGCCAAGGGCGGGUCGCUUGACGAGCUGAUGUAUGCGGAUUUGCACGGCGGUGGUGGUUCCUAUAGUCCGGUGCCGACGCCGCCGCUUCCGACGUCGGCUUCGCCCGCGCCCACUCUGAUGUCUGCGUCCCCUGCACCUCCUGCUUCUGCGAAUGCUGGUGCUGUGGGCGAAGACGGGACUCUUGUUGGUGCUGGGGCACAGCCAUAUCCGCAGUCACAGACUAUCACGGGAGCUGCAAGAGCCAAGUCAUCCAGAAGACGUCCGGCUCGCCCUGCGGACAUGCUUCCGACUGUUCCUGAAAGCCCGAUGGUGACGAACGGGAGCUUCGCGUCGGUAUCCGGGCUUGCGUCCGGGUUCGGGUCCACUCCUGGAUCUGGCAGUGCGAUACCCACGCCGGCACAAAACGAGGCUCGCCCACAGUCAGUGGUGUACACACUGGCAGGGAGCGAAUAUCACCCCUCGACGAGCUCGAUGUCUGCUGCGCUGUCUCACGCUACGCCCCGCGCGUCCUAUGUCUCCGCAUCCACCGUAGGGCUGUCAUCACCCCCUCUUCCACCUUUGCCUCCUCUCUCGGUAGAGGCGCACGGAAGAGAAGGCAGCAACGAGCCCAUGCCCUUGCUCACCUCCACGAAUUUCGGCGCGCGGCAGCGCCCGGUGAAUGACCAGUCCAUGUCCUCGCGCGCGAGCCUCGCGAGUCUCGCGACGACGACGGACGGGUCGGUGCUCGCGAGCUCGAGCUCGUUCUCGGCGUCGACGGAGCGGUAUCCGUCGCUCGCGGCGCGGUCGAGCGGGCCGUCGCAUAAGAACGGGUCGAGUAUCAGCUCCAACUCCAACUCGAACUCCAACUCCAACUCGGGCUCGGGCUCGGGGAGCAACUCGGGGAGUGCAUCGAGCAGCGCGCAGUCGCAUCCGGACGUGCCGCCGCUGCCGGGGCUGCCGAGCACGAUGAUACCGGGUGCGCGCGUGGGUGCGGGGGCGGGGGCGAGAGGGCGCGGGCCGACGAGGGAUUGGAGGAAUACGCCGGCGGGGCUUGGGGCGCUGGAGAGGCUGCAUAUUUCGCAGCUGCAGAUCCCGGGCUCUGGUUCUGGUUCUGGUUCUGGCUCUGGCUCAGGGGUGGGGGUGGGGGUGGGGAACGGGCCGUUGCAUAAUCCGCAUUCGCCUGGUGGAGCUGGGGGGAGCGCGGCCACGGUCGCGCCCGCUGGUUCUGGGUUUGGUCAUGGGCCGUCGGCGCUGAGGAACCCGCAUUCGCCUUGGGAGACGGCGAACCCUGCGGGGGCGGCGGAGAUGCAUAAUCCGCAUUCGCCGCAGAAGGUGCCGGCGGGGCAGGAGCAAGGCAAGAAGGCGCACCUGCGGCAUGAGAAGGGCGCGUCGAUCCCCGAGAUUCACCGCGUCGUCAGUGGGGACGUGCCGAGCUCGGGGAUUGCGAGUAUUGAUAUCGCGUUCUGAUGUUUGAUAAUAAGGGUGCUGGCUGGACUGUUGCUGGAUUUGGAGGUGGGGAGGUGGGGAGGAUGUUUACACUUAUAUUUACACGUAUCUUUAUUCCCCUUCUUUGGACCUUUCCGCGCUAUGUUUUUCUCUUUUCUGUUUGAUCAUGCCUUUCGCGGAUCACAUCUUUCCAUACCGCACUACCCUGCUUAUGCAUCACAUAUUGGAGUCUCGCGUUGGAACUCUCGAUAUGCAUAUCAACAUCACAUCUCUCGUCCUGCUUCUACAAUAUCGCCAACUAUCCCCUUGCACUGAUACCUCACUCAGCGCUUAUUCUGGACGCUUCUCAGCAUUAUUGCAUUUAAUUC